GAUAAAAUGGGUUCAAUAAGCUUUUGGAUGUGCUUGAUCCUGACGAUUUGCACCUGGCAUAAAACCUUCGGAUGCACUUGGAUGAGGACACUUCCUCAGUCUCGGAGCAUGUUCCAAGUGUUCAGCAACAACACCAUAACGGUGCUUCGGGAAAUGGGUCAUGUGGUCUCUCGAGAACCUCAGAUCACUUUCCCUUACGAGGAAUACAGACAUGUCGAUCAUUUCAAGGAUGACGACAAGAUUGUCUUCAUUUCGCAAACUCUGAACGCUAUUGAGAAAUUGUACAGAAGUGAUAACUAUGAUUCUUUCUGGGACCAGAAAGUAGUUGACGAGUUUAUGAUUGACCUGCAUCGCCAGACCUCGGAGCUGGACCAAUGUGUAAAGGCUAUAAGAGCUACACUACCAAAAUCUGACAAAGGAGUGAACAAAAAUAUGAGCCUUCACUUCAAAUUCCUGAAUAAUUACUUGAAACGCGAGGAAUACAGCGCAAGCGGCUGGGAAGGCAUAAGGAAAGUGGUGCUGGCACACAUGCUAAGACUAGUCACAAUAAUAUUGACUAACCAAUGAGCCUCGUGUGUGUGUAGAGAUGAUUUAUUUAUACUUCUAUUUUUUCAAC